CGCUAUGAUGGGGAUCGUGUCUUAUGGCUGCAUGGCGCGUGGCCUGUUAUGGAUGACGACCACCAGGGGACUUCUCCCCUAGCGUGAUGCAUGGAGGCUCGGAACGGAAAUCUCUGAGAUUCACUGCAUGUGUUGGAGAUCCAUUUUUCAUCUUGGCGAGGAAAUUAGAGAGGAGUGUCGGAGAACUAGGUUUGAUGACGCUCCUUUACGUCGUCAACCGUGCCUGUAACUGGUCGUGCGGUUUGCAUUCUCCAGCCUGUCUCUCAGCUGUGCGUUACCAAGGGAAUCGCUACACAUUUCCGGCCUCUGCUGGUGCUGGGAGCAUCUACAAUGGCGAAGAGUUAAAGGAUAUAUACCAAGGGGUUGAUUCUGCAAGAAACUGCGAGGAUUACCAGGAGGCGCAGCGAAGAGUAGGCCGGAAAUGGUGAGAAGAAGAAACAACACAAGGGGGUGGCGAAAAUAUGUGGAGCGCAGAAACCUCGUGGAAAUGAAUUACAUCUAUGGACAUUCAAGAUACGGCAAGACAACAGCAUGAAAAUAAGACGAGGAAAACAGUAAACCGUAGAGUGUGAAAGCAUGUACAUUUUGUAGACGUGAAAGGGACUGUAUAUCAUAACAACCAGGUGUUAAGGGAUAUAUAUUUUUGCACAACUAUG